GAGAGAGACAGCAACUACUUUUGUGUGUGGGUGUGCUUUCUGAGUGUGGCCUGGCCAGUGGCCUCUCUAGAGACAGCAGCACCAACCCAAAAAAUUUGGUUCUCUUCUCGCCUUCUGUAAAUUCUCCUUUUUUUUUUAUUGGUUAGCUACCUUCUUCCAACUCCAACUGCUUGGGGUUUUGUUGCGCCAUUCCUUCUGCUCCGUCGCUUCUUUACUAUAUGUCAGUCUGAUCUAAAGGAAAAAAGGAAAGAAAAGAAAAGAAAAAAAACACACUCGCAUUACAUUACAUUCUUUUACACAAAUGCCAGCAUUUUAGCAUUUACAGCCCAACCCAUAACACACAAAACACACAUUUCCUGUCUAACUUCUCUUCUUGUCUCCUAUUCAUCAACCAAGACUACAACAUGUCUUCCAAAACCAAAUCUGGUUUGUCUGAAACUCCUCCUAGCAAACCAUCACCAGCAACUCCUAGAGUUAGUCAACUGAGUCGAGGAGUGGCUAAAUCAGAGUCUGAUUCACUUUCUCCCCUGCAAAGUUCACGUCUUUCAGUUGAUCGAUCACCACGAUCCAUCAACUCAAAGCCCACAAUUGAUCGUCGGACACCAAAGGUUACUAGAGCUACACCCCCUGAAAAACCUCAGACACGAGUGGUGAAGGCUUCAGAGUUGCAGGUGCAAUUGAGUCAUCUCCAGGAAGAUCUAAAGAAAACAAAGGAGCAGUUAGAAUUGAUUGAAAAAGAGAAGGCACAAGCAAUUGAUGAACUGAAACAAGCUAAGAAAGCUGCCGAGGAUGCAAAUGAGAAGCUUCAAGAAGCUAUGGUGGCUCAAAAGCGAGCUGAGGAGGAUUCUGAGAUUGAGAAGUUCCGGGCUGUUGAGCUGGAACAGGCUGGGAUUGAGGCAGCCCAGAAGAAGGAAGAGGAAUGGCAGAAAGAGCUUGAAGAUGUAAGAAGCCAACAUGCUUUGGAUGUUACUGCCCUUCUCUCUACCACUCAGGAGCUUCAAAGGUUGAAACAAGAACUGACUAUGAUUACUGAUGCAAAGAACCAGGCACUGAGCCACGCUGAUGACGCAACUAAGAUUGCUGAGAUUCAUGCAGAGAAGGUGGAGAUUCUUUCAUCUGAGUUGACCCGGUUGAAUGUAUUACUUGAUUCAAAGCUUGAAACAGAGGCCAAUGAAAGCCACAAGAUAGUUUUGCAGCUUAAAGAGGAGAUAGAUUCAUUGAAACAACAGCUUGAGAAAGGUAAAUGUUUUGAGGAUAAGUUGAUGGAAAGAGAGGCUUUCAUAGAACAGCUCAAUGUUGAUCUAGUAGCUGCCAAGAUGGCCGAAUCUUAUGCCCGUAGCUUAGUAGAGGAGUGGAGAAACAGGGUUGAGGAAUUAGAGAUGCAGGCUGCCGAAGCAAAUAAGUUGGAGAGAUCUGCAUCAGAGUCUUUGGGUUCAUUCAUGAAAGAACUCGAAGCAAACAAUGUUUUAUUGCAUGAUGCAGAAACUGAAAUGGCUGCUCUGAAAGAGAAGGUUGGGUUGCUGGAAAUGACAAUUAGAAGACAGAAAGGGAAUCUUGAAGAAUCAGAACAUUCUCUUGGUAUGGUAAAGGAAGAAGCAUUGUUCAUGGAAAAAAAGGUUGAGUCUCUGAUGUCCGAGCUGGAAACUGUGAAGGAGGAGAAAGCCCAGGCUUUGAACAAUGAGAAGCUUGCAGCUUCUAGUGUUCAAAGUCUGUUAGAAGAGAAAAACAAAGUUGUCACCGAGCUGGAGAAUGCCAGGGAUGAGGAGGAAAAGAGCAAGAAGGCAAUGGAGAGUUUAGCUUCAGCCUUACAUGAAGUCUCUGUGGAAGCAAGGGAAGCCAAAGAAAGGCUGGUAUCAAAUCUAGUGGACCAUGAAAAUUAUGAAACCCAAAUAGAAGACUUAAGAUUGGUCCUGAAGGCAACUAAUGAAAAAUAUGAAACUGUGCUUGAUGAUGCAAAACAUGAGAUUGAACUCCUUAAAAAAACUGUUGAAGAAUCCAAGAAUGAAUUUAAGAACUCCAAGGCCAUGUGGGAUCAAAAAGAAGAAAAUCUGGUGAAUUCUGUGAGGAAAUCAGAAGAAGAAAACAUCUCUUUGGAAAAAAAAAUAGAUAGGUUGGUGAAUUUGCAGAAGCAGACUGAGGAAGAAGCUUGUGGAAUGAGGGAUGAAGAAGCUCAUUUGAAGGAUAGCCUGAAGGAAGUUGAAGCUGAGGUGAUAUCUUUGCAGGAAGCUCUUGGGGAAGCAAAGGUUGAGAGCAUGAAACUAAAAGAAAGUUUAUUGGUCAAAGAAAAUGAGUUACAGAAUAUUAUUCUGGAAAACAAAGAGCUCCGAACUAAGGAAGCUUCUUCACUUGAGAAGGUUGAGGAGUUGUCUAAGUUACUUGAGGAAGCUAUGGCUAAAAUUCAAAUGGUGGAAAAUGGGGAGCUAACAGACAGUGAAAAGGACUAUGAUUUGCUUCCAAAGAUGAUUGAGUUCUCCGAAGAAAAUGGAAAUGUGAGAGAAGAGAAGCCCAAAGUGGAGGAGCUUCCACCACAGCAAACUAGCGAGCUGAAAACAGAAAAUGCACAGGAACAGUUUAAUGGCGUGACAAAUGAGGCUGUUCAGAUGGAUGCUCACAAAAUUGAGAAUGUGAAUGGAAAACCGAAGGAAGAUGAGAGCAAAGAAAAGGAAGAUGACUCUGUGGAGGUUGAAUUUAAGAUGUGGGAGAGUUGCAAGAUUGAAAAGGAGCAGGAAUCCUUCGAGGAGAAAGUGGACUCCAAGGUGGAUGGCGGUGAGAGCUUCGAUCAAACAAAUGGUUUAUCUUCAACUGAAAAUGUGGAUGAUGGUGGAAGCUCACCUGCAAAGCAGCAACAGCAGAAGAAGAAAAGGCCUUUGCUCCGCAAGUUUGGAAACCUACUCAAGAAGGGAACGAGCAACCAGAAGUAGGAACAGUGACCUAUUAUGGCCUGACAUAUGCCUAAUUAGCAGGCAGGUAUAUUGGAUAAUAUCUUUCAACUGAGUGUUUGCUUUGUUGGUUUUGCUUCUGAUUUUGAGAUAGGUUUAUAAUGAAGAGGUUUGUAUUAUCAUUAGUCUUUCCCCUCAUCUGAUGUGAUUACAUUUAGGGGUGUAUCUUGCAUGUCAUGGAGAUUUUUUCUUUCCUCUUGCCCCCCUUGUCUAAAUUUAUGAAAAGGAGAGGUGACGUUAUAAUUGUAUUUUAA